AUGAGUCAGUCGGUCAGGUGGAGGUGGAGGCCGAGGUCGACGGUCGACAGGCGACAGGCGACCGCCGCGGCGGUGGCGGGGCAGGAACUCACCGACCUGCUGGCGGGGGGCGACCGCUCCCCGCAGGACCAGAAGCUCGAGCUGCGGGAGACAGGGCGCGGCGUCUGCUGCACCGGGCUCACGGAGCACCUGGUGUCGACGGUGGCGGAGAUCCAGGAGCUCAUGCGCCGGGCCCAGGAGCGCAGGUCCGUCCGCGAGACGCGGGCCAACGCCUGCAGCAGCAGGUCCCACUGCCUGUUCACCUUCAAGGUCUGCUGCCGCCAGGCCGUGGCCGACGGCGAGGUGGAGACCGUCGGCAAGCUGCACCUGGUGGACCUCGCUGGCAGCGAGUGCGCCCGCAAGGCGGACGAGCGCGCCUUCGCGAGCGGCAGCGACAUCGCCACCGCCAAGGGCGAGCGCGAGCGCAGGCCCGGCUGCGGCAGGAGGGCCACCGGAGACGGGGAGAGGCAUUCGCUCUUAAACGCCCUGGGGAAGAACUCGCUGUAA